CCUGAUCUCACUUUCCUGCCCUCAGGUUUCCCAUACCUACACUAGAACCUAGGACCUAGGCAAUCCACCGGUAAUCGCCCCAAACAAGCGACCAAACCCAGACAAUCUUCGCAAAACGCCUGUUGGGUCGCUUGACUGCGUCGAUAUCGCGGUCAUCUGCCGAUGGCUUCGUACGACCCCUAUGACGCCCCGGCCAGGGAGCGCACCACAAAGCGCUACUACCGGGAAGACCGCCGUGAGGACCGCGAUCCUCGCUAUUACGAAGCUCGUGAGACCCACGUCCACGUCCAGCCAUCGCGCGAUCUGGUCGCGCGGCCCCGAGAGGACAGCGACCUUUAUGUCGAGGAAAUCCGACGGGACUUCCCGCCUCCAGGCUACUCGUCCAGGGACCUCCGUCGCGCCCGCUCCGCGGAACCCGGGUACUACGACGAGCAGGAUGAUCGCCGCUCCUAUUACAGCCGGGACCCGGACUAUGACGACUACGACCGCAAGGCGCGCAAGAAGACCGAGGUUAUGAUUUACGAGGAGGAGCGCAAGAAGAAGGCGCGCAUCCUAUCCAAGCAGGAGCAGAUCAUCGCCGCUGUAACCGGUGCCGCUAUCGCCAUCGGUGGAAAGGAGCUCUACGAUCGCCGCGAGGCCAGUCAGCAUGGCACGGAUGUCCAUCGGAACCUCCUGGCCUCGGCGGCACUUGGCGCCGCCGGCGCCUUUGCCGGCUAUCAGGGCACGGAGCUCUACAACAAGCACAAGGAGAAGGAGGACAGGAAGGCUAUUGCCCACAGGUCCGGCUACUAUUCGGACGAGGAGGAGAGCGCCAAGGAUAAGAAGGGCCACAAGAACUUCCUGGAAAGCGCUCUUGCUGCCGCCGGCCUUGGCGGUGCCGUCAAGGCUUUGACAGGCAGAGACGACAAGUCAGACACCAGAAGCCGCCGCGACAGCCGCUCACGAUCUCGCUCUCGGUCGAGAUCCCGCUCCACCUCCCGGUCUCGCGGCAAGGACAGAGGGAAAGGCGGCAAGAGUGAGGCAGCCAGCAAAGUCCAGAAGGCCGCCAUGGCCUCCCUAAUUGCCGGCGCUACCGAGGCCUUCCGUAUCUCCAAGCAGCCAGGCUCGUGGAAGGGUGAGAAGGCCAAGCGCAUCCUUACUGCUGCCGCCGGUGCGGCCACUCUCGAUGCUGCUCAGGACACCGAAAAGGCUGGUAGCAAGCUUGGCUUGGCCGAGGCUGUCGUCGGAGGCCUCCUUGGCAACCGUGUCCUCAACGGAUCGAAGAAGAACAUUGAGAUGGACGAGAGGACCGGUCGAUCUCGGUCUCGGUCUCGCGCUCGCUCAAAGGAUGGCGGCGGUAGCGGCACGAGCGGGCUGGCCGCUCUCGCAACUGCCGGCCUGGGCGCGCUUGGCGCGAAGAAAAUCAUGGACAGUCAUGAGCGGUCGAGAUCCAGAAGGCGGAGCGUAGAAUCGCGCGACAGCCGCGAUGACUCUCCUGACCGCCGGCACCGCAGCCGGAGCCGGAGCGUUGUCGACUCGGCCCGACGCCGCCUGGCUAAGGUGGGCAUCGGCAACGGCCCAGAUGACGAUGACGUUGAUCGCCGCGACCGCAGUCGCGAUCGCAGACGGGAUUACGACGAUUAUGAAGGACGCUCGCGCCGACACCGCGAUGACUACGACGACUAUGACAGGGACCGUUCCCGCGACCGACGCAGGGACUAUGACGACGAUCGCUCCCGUCACGGCGGGGGACGAGACCGUUCUCGGCAGGGGAGACGCGGUUCCGCGUCAGAGAGCGAUCUGGGCGAUUCCGAUGAUGACAGGAAGCGAGCCAGGAAAUUGAGAGGUAAGCAAAUCAUCACUACGGGUCUGGCGGCCGUGGCGACCAUCCACGCGGCGCACAGUGUGUACCAGAGCAUGGAGAAGCGCCAGUUGAGGAAGAAAGCGGUGAAAGAGGGACAGCUGAGUGCGGAGGAGGCCGAGAGGCUCAGAAAGAGAGCCCUUCUCCAAGACGCCGCCGCUGUGGGUAUCGCCGCGCUCGGCGUCAAGGGCGCCAUCUCGGAGGUGAAGGAAGCACGCGAGAUACGGCACGAGAUGCACCAGUGGAAACUGGAGAAGGCGGAGAGGCACAGGCGACGGCUUGAGAGACAAAAGCGGUUGGCAAAUGGCGACGGCGAUGGUGGCAUCGACCGGCUCGGCAGACGCAGGGCUGACUAUUCGUCUUCGCCAGCUCCGCCAGGGGCCGACCGGUACAACGAGGGACCCCGUUACGCUGACGGGAACCCGUACGGCGCUGUGCUUCCUGCCGACUCAUACGGCAGGAGGUAGGUAGGACGGGGCAAUCAUGCUCGUGCUCCUUGCCGUUCCCCCGGUCGCAACCUUUGGUCUCGAUAGACACGUCGCACCAGUCUACUGUCUUCCCGGUCGCGAUUGCCAUACACUCGCUUCCAAUACCGUUUCUUUUCGGUAUGUACCCAUACAUACACGCACACAUCUCCAACCGUCAGCGUCAACACACGUGCCGCGAGCGACGCCACCACCGCCGCCUCAGACUGUACCAGCUGUCCCAACGGCAUUCGAUGGAACAAACCAGCCUUUCUCGGUUCAACUCAUGGCACUUAACACUCCCUGUGUUUCGCCCUUCAACGGCUUUGGGGUCCUCUGAGAUGGUCGCUUCCGGUUGGCUUCCCCAGUCAGCGGUCCCCUUCAUCCCCAG